AUGUCGAGUGCAUCACAUCUUAAACACCGAGAGAUUAAAGCAAAAGGUGAUCAAAAAAGACAACAAUUGCUAUCAGAAUCAAUUAAAACGUUAAAUCAGAAAAAAGAUACUGAAGACUAUUUUACAAUGCGAUUGACUGAAACACUCAUUAAAUCAAACAUACCUUUUCAUAAAGUAAUGUCUCCGGCAUUAAAAGGAUUCAUUGAAGAAUUUGUUUUAAAAGUGGUACCAAAUCAGACAACACUUAAACGAUAUGAAAAGCCAUUAUAUCUAAAAGCUAUUGAUAAUAUCAGAAAAAUUGUUGCCGAAAAUUAUGUAUAUUUUAUAAUAGAUGAAACAAAAGAUAGUUGCGAUCGAAAAGUGUUUAAUAUAAUGGUUGGUAUAUUAAAUGGCGAGUAUAGUAAACCAAUGAUAAUUGAUGUCGAGUUCAUUGAAGACACUAAACAUAACACAAUUCAAACUGCAUUUUUAAAUGCUUGUCAAAUACUUUGGCCUCAAGGUAUACAAUAUAAUAAAGUGUUACUUUUAGUCACAGACGCCGCAUCAUAUAUGAGGACAGUUGGUACCAAUUUAAAGUUUUUUUUCCCGAAGAUGUCUCAUAUAACAUGUGUUGUUCACGCAUUAGAUAGAGUGUGUCGUAAAAUACAAGAAGAAUAUUCUGAAUUAAAUAUAUUUGUUUCUUCAAUGAAAAAAUGUUUAUUAACUUCGAAAUCAAAAGAACUACUUUAUAGAGAGACGACUGCUCUCCCGUUACCUCCUAUUCCUGUCAUUACCCGAUGGAAAACUUGGUUAGAAACUCAAUUGUCUGGUUUUGCUAAAGAAAAACUAUUGAUGUGUUUGGCAAAGAAUAAAGAUUUGGAAGACUUUUGUGAUUCACAAGACUUUGAGACAAAAUGUUUGACAAGAUAUGCACCGUUAAAAUCAGUGGACAUCGAGCGCUCUUUUUCUGAAUAUAAGAAUAUUCUCACUGAUAGAAGACAUAAACCUUUUUUGAUUCGCAAAUGUCUUGUCUUAAGUGUUGCUUUUAUAGUAACCUGUGUUACUCUACAUUUCAAAGGACAAUCACGAUUAGAGCAAUCAUUACCAUCACAUGUAUACCAAUCAACAAACGCUGAUAAUCACUAUAAGAGUAGAAAAUUAAGUGAAACUCAAAACAAUGAAAACACUGGAUUUAAUUUGACGACAAAUCAGACAAACAAUAAUAAAGACAAUCAUCAAAAUGCAUCACAAGUGCGCAAAAUAAGGGAACCAAAGCAUAACAUUGUACACCCAACAGCAACAACGAAAAAACCACUAAUUAAUUUAGUUGGAUCUAACCUAACCACUUGUACUAACCCAGCAAUCAAUGAAUUUCCACCCGAUUUGUUUAGUCAGAGAUCCCGUUCCCGGGGAGCCAUCAUUAUACACGUGGCUGUCGUCCUCUAUAUGUUCUAUUGUUUGGCAAUUGUUUGUGAUCUUUAUUUCUUGCCAUCACUUGAAGAGUGCUGUCAACGACUUAACCUAUCGGAUGAUGUGGCCGGCGCUACAUUCAUGGCUGCCGGUUCCAGUGCUCCCGAAUUGUUUACCGCAACUCUGGGAGUAUUUAUUGCUAAAGGUGAUGUCGGCACCGGUACAAUUGUGGGAUCAGCCGUUUUCAAUAUAUUAUUUGUAAUAGGAUUGUGCUCUUUAUACACAGCAUCAACUCAGUUGAAUUGGUGGCCAGUGGCCAGAGAUUCAUCUUAUUAUACAUUAACAGUACUCGUCCUAAUUGUGUUCAUAUACGAUGGAGAAGUUACAACAAUUGAAUCAUUUAUACUAUUGAUGUUAUACGGUGUCUACAUAUUGAUCAUGAAUUACAACACUGAGCUCCGGGAUUAUGUUCAGCAACAGUGGACACAAUAUGGUAUUAAACAUUUCGAUGGCGACGAGUUUGAAAACUUGAAAACCAAUUCCGCGGGUAUCGUACAGUAUCACUCCUUUAAAGUUGGUAAUAAUGAGUCAGCAUUUGGGCACCGGAUUGAACUGAAUAGACCGCAAACGACUAUCUUUGAAGCGGCAAAUAUAGUGAUCAUUAAACAUAAACGACUUUUCCGACCCAUUACUCGAUUUCGAUCGGCAGCUCAACUAAUUAUAAUUCAGCGACAAAAAGCCAAAUAUCAAAAUCAAUUACAACAACAGCAACAACAACACCAUAAUCAACAACAACAGCAACAGUUUCAACAUCAGUCUGAAUUGAAUUUUGCCAAAUCAUUUGAUUCGGUCCGUAAAUCAUCACUAGUACCCGAUCAGGACUUCUGGAGACGAGUUCCCGAUCCAAAAGUGGAAGGUUGGUAUGAAUGUAUAAAAUGGGGAACAAUAGCUCCCUUACAUUCCAUACUUUUUUAUACCAUUCCCGACUGCAAAGUCAAACAACAUCUAUUUUUAUUGACAUUCUUCAUGAGUAUUACGUGGACCGCUAUUUUCUCGUACGUCAUGGUAUGGAUGGUUAGCUUAAUUGGAUUUACACUUCGUAUACCCGAUAGUAUUAUGGGAAUCACAUUUCUUGCGGCCGGAACUUCGGUUCCGGAUGCUUAUGCUAGUAUACAUGUGGCCAGACAAGGUCAGGCGGAUAUGGCUGUUAGUAAUUCAAUCGGAAGUAAUGUAUUUGAUAUACUAAUUGGUUUAGCACUUCCAUGGUUUGUCGAGACUGCAAUUGUUAAUCCAGGUUCAAUAGCAAAUAUCAACAGUCGGGGUCUCAUCUAUGCUAUAAUUUUGCUAUUUUUGUCACUAUUAGUCACUAUUUAUCUCUUUCAUCGCAAUCAAUGGACAUUAAAUCCUCAAUUAGGAUAUGCCUUAUUGAUAACAUACGCCAUAUUUCUGGUUAUAAGUGGAUUACUUGAAUUCAAUUUACUCGGUUAUGUCAACCCUCCCAUGUGUGGCGAGUGAGGGCAUACUUUAUACUAAAAGCGAUUACAUUUUGGUGUUUGACA